CUGCACUACGGGACCCUCCUGGGCAGCAGAGCUUGUGUCCACAUGGCAGCAGCUGCCUGGGCCACUGGGUUUCUCAAUGCUCUGCUGCACACGGCCAAUACAUUUUCACUGCCCCUGUGCAAGGGCAAUGCCCUGGGCCAGUUCUUCUGUGAAAUCCCCCACAUCCUCAAGCUCUCCUGCUCACACUCCUACCUCAGGGAACUUGGGCUUCUUGUGGUCAGUGCCUGUUUAGGUUUUACGUGUUUUGUUUUCAUAGUGGUGUCCUAUGUGCAGAUCUUGAGGGCCGUGCUGAGGAUCCCCUCUGAGCAGGGACGGCACAAAGCCUUUUCCACCUGCCUCCCUCACCUGGCCGUGGUCUCCCUGUUCAUCAGCACUGGCGUGUUUGCCCACCUGAAGCCCCCCUCCAUUUCUUCCCCAUCCCUGGACAUGGUGGUGUCUGUUCUGUACUCGGUGGUGCCUCCAGCAGUGAACCCCCUCAUCUACAGCAUGAGGAACCAGGAGCUCAAGGAUGCCCUGUGGAAACUCAUAUCUUAUUGUUUUGUAAAGCAAUAA